ACCACACAUUUUGCGCAUUCAUGAUUGUGGCUUCUAGACGCUCACAGCGUUGUACAUCGUGACGGAAGUGGCGGGCAUCAAAUGGUAGGAGCUGGGUCGACUCAUCUACAGAUUUUUGUUGUCACCAAACAUCGCUCAACCGCACCGUCAUCCGUGUCGUAUUGCAGCUUCAAAUGAUUCACCUUCCACUGAUCGAUCGCUCGUGGAUCAAGCGAAAGGCGCCGUCGGUCAUCUGUCACAAAGCGCGGUGGUUGCGGUAUGAUAACGUUUAUCAGGAAAGUCCGAAUGAUCGUGUUUCUCUUUACUGUGUCCGUGGAGUUGCGGCGCCCUACUCGAUUGAUGACCGAUAUACUUUAUUGCUGUAUCGAUGCAUUUCUGAAACCUAUUGCAUUUAUGAUAACCCGCCAUGCGAAACGCGCUCCGGUCGUUGGCACGGAAGCACACACGACACAAACGAGUCCGAAAUCGUAUCCCCUUUGGUCGUCUUUAUGACAUGUGGUUCGAAUAUCCAACGUCCAGGGUUUGAUUCACAUUGCCUUUUAAUGACUCGCCGUGCUUCCUCAACUAUCUGAUUUUGACGAACGCGCAAAUGAACUGACAUCCCUUCAACUCACGUCAAGUUGGUCAUUCUACAGGACGCCCCGAAUGAUCGUCGAAACGCUGCCUCCUUGCCUUCUUACCCAUUUUCGAGUCCCCCGUUCACACUCGUUCAAAGAAGUUCACAGCGCUUUUUUAUCCUGGACCCUGUCCGGCGUCUUUCUGAUGUGAACGAAGAGACCAGCUGAGCUGGUCUACACUUCCAAACCCUGUUUCCCUGAAGGUUGCCAGGUCAUAUCAUUCGGACAAUGUUCUUUGACGAUGCCCUUCUCAAUCCAGCCCCGUGGUCUUCGGUUCAUAAUGAUGCUAUGAAAAUGUGUACCAGGUCCGCGUCAUUUUGAUUUCUUCGUGUUGGGCCGGGGACAUGGGUCUUGUACGCCAUGCCCGUUGAUUCCCCAUGUGGAGGUGCCAACUACAGUUCCCUUCUGUAGUCUUUUCGAAUCUUAUCAAAUGUUGAAACUCGAGAAGUUGACUUGUCUUUGGGACGCUCAAGGGUGAUUGUAGUCAUCCCGAGAUGGCCAAUCCAAUAUGUUGAGGCGAGCAUCCAACUUGACGAACAAACCAUCUCGAUGACA